GCCAUGGACGACCUCGACGCCCUGCUGGCGGACUUGGAGUCCACCACCUCCCACAUCUCCAAGCGGCCCGUGUUCCUGUCCGAGGAGCCCCCCUACUCCUACCCAACUGGAAACCAUACCUACCAGGAGAUUGCAGUGCCGCCCCCCGUCCCACCCCCCCCCUCCAGUGAGGCCCUCAAUGGCACCAUCCUCGCCCCCUUAGACCAGUGGCAGCCAAGUGGCUCCCGAUUCACCCACCAGCAGCCUCCAUCCCCAUCACCUGUAUACGGCUCCAGUGCCAACCCUUCCAGUGCCUCUGACCCCGACGGUGUUGGCUCUCCAUGCUCCCGAGCCGGUGAGGAGGAGCACGUCUACAGCUUCCCCAACAAACAGAAAUCAGCUGAGCCUUCACCUACCGUCAUGAGCUCCUCCCUGGGCAGCAACCUCUCAGAACUCGACCGCCUACUGCUGGAACUCAAUGCCGUGCAGCAUAAUUCUCCAAGUUUCCCUGCAGAUGAGGCCAACUCAAGCCCCCCACUCCCUGGGGCCCUGAGCCCUCACUAUGGCAUCCCAGAGAAUAACAGUCCCCUGGGGACCAAAGCUGGGCCUCUGACGAAGGAGAAGCCAAAGAGGAAUGGAGGCCGGGCCCUGGAGGAUGUACGGCCCAGUGUGGAGAGCCUCUUGGACGAACUGGAGAGCUCUGUGCCCAGCCCUGUCCCUGCCAUCACUGUGAACCAGGGUGAGAUGAGCAGCCCACAGCGAGUCACAUCCAGCCAGCAACAGACGCGCAUCUCCGCCUCCUCUGCCACCAGGGAGCUGGACGAGCUGAUGGCUUCCUUGUCAGAUUUUAAGAUGCACGGCCUGGAGCAAAGAGCGGAUGGAGAGCAGAACUGGGUGGCUGGCUGGCCUCCGAGCAGCAGGCAGAGCAGCCCUGAAGGGCAGGACGAGGGAGGGUUCAUGGCCCAGGGGAAGACCGGAAGCAGCUCACCUCCUGGGGGACCCUUGAAGCCUGGAAGCCAGCUGGACAGCAUGCUGGGGAGCCUGCAGUCUGACCUGAACAAGCUGGGGGUCGCCACGGUCGCCAAGGGGGUGUGCGGGGCCUGCAAGAAGCCCAUCGCUGGGCAGGUUGUGACAGCCAUGGGGAAGACAUGGCACCCCGAGCACUUUGUCUGCACCCACUGCCAGGAGGAGAUCGGAUCCCGGAACUUCUUUGAGCGGGAUGGACAGCCAUACUGUGAAAAGGACUAUCACAACCUCUUUUCCCCGCGCUGCUACUACUGCAAUGGGCCUAUCCUGGAUAAAGUGGUGACGGCCCUCGACCGGACAUGGCACCCUGAGCACUUCUUCUGUGCCCAGUGUGGGGCCUUCUUCGGUCCUGAAGGGUUCCAUGAGAAGGAUGGCAAGGCCUACUGCCGGAAGGAUUAUUUUGACAUGUUCGCGCCCAAGUGCGGCGGCUGUGCUCGGGCCAUCCUGGAGAAUUACAUCUCCGCCCUCAACACCCUCUGGCAUCCCGAGUGCUUCGUGUGCCGGGAAUGCUUCACGCCUUUUGUCAACGGCAGCUUCUUUGAGCACGAUGGGCAGCCAUACUGCGAGGUGCACUACCACGAGCGGCGCGGCUCGCUGUGCUCCGGCUGCCAGAAGCCCAUCACGGGCCGCUGUAUCACCGCCAUGGCCAAGAAGUUCCACCCGGAGCACUUCGUGUGUGCCUUCUGCCUCAAGCAGCUCAACAAGGGGACCUUCAAGGAGCAGAACGACAAGCCUUAUUGCCAGAACUGCUUCCUCAAGCUCUUCUGCUAGUGCCCCUCCUGGCACCCGUCCCCUCCCCAGCCUGUGUCCCCAACUGCUACUGUGACCCAGAGACCUCGCCGAGGUGCCAUGGGCAAACCCAAUGGAAACUGGAACCUUGCCCUCAACUGGUGCAGCAUGGGAAGGGGGUGGCAGGGGCUCUUGCCUGCUUCUCCUCACCCCCACCAGAGCCUCGGGACCUUCCCCCCUCCCGAGGUCCUCCCCUGAGGUGGAAGGUGGACCCACCCCCAUAGCACAUGCUGUGCGUCCCCACAAAUGGUCACCCCACACUGGAGCCAUCUCCCACUCACAGGUCAGCGGCAGAGCCAGGGCGGGAGGAGGGGCAGGGCCAUCUAGGGGCCCACUUAAUCCUUAUUUCUUCCCGAUCUAAUUAUCUGAGAGUAUUGAGGGGAUACCUGGACCCCUCCAGACAACGCCAGCAUAAACCUGUCCAUCCAAGGGCAGGAGCUCUGCAGGGGCUGUGGAAAGGUCCUUCGGCUCCAGUCUUUCAGUCUCCCUGGGCCUGGGUGACUGUCCCCUUCCCUUGGCCACCCAUUUUAUACUUGUUCCAGUUCUACUGAGAAAGUUCUCUCCAGCAAUAACAUUUUCUAGCCACUUCUCCCGUCUCCAGGGACGGCGUGAGGUGGCGAGUGUCACCUGUGCCUGGUCACUGUACUGACUUUGAUAAGAUUUCUACACUGAGGUUUCAAUUCGUAUUGCCCAACUUGCUUUUACUUCUCUAUACGAGAUGAUUUUGAAGAGAUUUUUAACUAUGUUCCUUUUUGUAUUCUCCCUGUCCACUGCUGCUGGUUCUGUCCGCGGCUGUGGCUUUCGUAUGGACUUUGCUUGCUUUAUACUUGGGGUGGGGAAACAAUUUGUAUUUUUUUUUUUUUCUUAGCACAAGCAGGUUAACUGUGACUACCCUUCUAUAACAUCACAGCUCACCAGGACUGGUUGUUGUUGUUUUUUUAAAUAUAUAAACUGCUGUAUUUUGAAACCUCUUCCUUACUGUUCAGGCCAGCAAGCUCUUCAUUACAUAAGUGGCCUAAGGGGGUGUGGUCCUUGAGACCUGGAAUUCUGAACCUCAGCUGGCCUGUUCCCAAGGGAGAAGGGGCAGUCAGUCCAGGUGGGGCCGGGGGUGGGGGGUGAGGAGGGUGGCUUCCUGUCUAAGCCUCUUCCCCCUCUGAACUUUUUGGCAACAAAGAGAACCCAUUGGACACCCUUUGCCUCCUCGCUGCUUCUCCGGGGCUCGCUCUUCUGCCUUCUCAGGAAAGCUAGUAUCUGAUUCCACUCACAACGACCACAAGGGCCUCUGCUCUUACGGACUCUAUGUGCCCAUUACUUCCUCAGCUUCCCUACCCUUCCUGGAGACCUGGCCCACGUUCCUCCCCUUGCACAGGUGGGAUCUGGGCUCAGGAGGUCUGGGGAGAAAAUGCCUAGGUUGGAACACGGGGCCACAGUCAGAUUUGGGGCGGAAGGACAGGCCUCUGCCAGUGUAACAGGAAGCCAGGUGCUCUCUUUUCUCCAGAAUGAAAUAGGAGCAGCCAGGCCAGUGUUCUUGAGAGAAGGGGUCCCUGAAGGGUCGCUUGGAAAGGAUCCAGACCAUUCCACCAGCCUCCUAGCAGAGACUGAGUGCCGGGGUCCCAGAAGAGGGAGUUCCCCUGUCAGGACAGGGCUGGGACAGCCCAGGUCUGGGGAGGUCAGCCCAGGCCCUUGAGAAGUCGGACAUCUCCACUCCACCCACAGGCCUUAUAGCUCUGUUUACAGUGACCCACCCUAGACUGCUCCCCAAGAGGGACUAGGGUUUCUGGGGUCCAUCGUCUGGGUCAGUAGUUCAUUGAUCAUUUCAUUUUGAUUUUUUUUUCUCUAUAAACUUCUAAUCUGGCUUUUUCCAUUUCAAUUCCUGUGAUUUAUGCCAAUAAAGUUUGCCAUUAUUUUCA